CCCAACACUUGAAAAAAACAUACCCGAAUUACCCUCUACAACGUUAAUUGUUUCCAGAGAAUUACAUUAAUUGUAGAGAAUCACUGCAAAUGGAGUUCCAGAGAGCGAUCGGCGGCGGCGGCGUUGUGAAGCGAGACAGGAAGAAACAGGGGAAGAAGGGGAAGGAGGUGAAGGUGGUUUACAUUUCCACUCCGAUGAAGGUGAAGACGAGCGCCGCCGGAUUCCGAUCGCUCGUCCAGCGCCUCACCGGCCGGCACUCCGACAUCGCCCGGAUCAUGGAGGCCAACGGCGGCGCCGCCUUCUGCGAAUUCCAGGAUUUCGCCGACGACCGGCCGCCGCCUUCUCAGAUCCCGAAGACGGUGGAUCCGGCGGUUGCGGACGAGUCGCCGACGAGCUCGGAAUCUCAGGUGGAUGAGCAAUUUGAAGAGGGUUUUCCGAUGGAUUUGUUUCUGAAUCUGAGCUCUUUCGAUUUGGAGGAUGAUGUUCUUGGUACCUACUAGCUCUGUAAAAUUUGGAUGGGAGCGCCUAAAAUGACACCAGUUACUUAUCUAGUUGUUUAUACCAAUUCGUUUGAGGUAGCUACAGUGUUUCACUUGUAAAAACUACGAUUCCUACACCCUAAACCCCCCACCCCAGCCCCACUCUUGCCUCCCAUCCCAGCCCCCUCCCGCCCAUCCCUACCCUGGCAGUACAAUGUUGUACUGCCAGGGUAGGGAUGGGGUGGGACUCGGGAGGGGGGCUGGAGUGGGAGGCAAGGGUGGGGGGUUUAGGGGGAGGGUUAGGAGGUAAGAACUGUCGUUUUUACAAACGGAGCACUAUAGGUACCCAAACGAACUGGUGUAAACAAAUGACACCAGUAGCACUGGUGUCAUUUUAGACUUACCGAAUUUUAAGUUUCUCUUAUCUAAUUAUUUCCCCAAUCAAUUUUUAUUUUUUUAGUUGCAAUUAUUUUAGUUUUGCACUUUCAUACUCUAUUCGUCCAAAAAUUUUCUUUCCAUUUGACUUUUCACAAUCU